UAGGAUACAUGCAGGAUGCCAGACAUUCCUGGUCUGGUUGUGGUUGUGGUUACAUGUUCCAUCCGUUCCAUUCAGGUUAUAGUGGUUACAGUUUACAGUCACGGUUCACCACCAGUUUUGUUGAACAACGUUUACAAGGUUCUUGAUUUUAAAAAAAUGGUGAAUUCGCCUAAUUCUGUAACUAGUGAACCUGCUGAUCCUGAGCAAAAAGCAGAAAGUCCUGAAGAAAACAAAGAUGACAAUGAAUCUGUAAAGUCUGAAAAAUCUGAAAAAUCUGACAAAUCUGACAAAUCUGACAAAUCUGACAAAUCUGACAAGACUGAGAAAUCUGAGAAGUCUGUGAAGACGAGAGGUAGUCCAAAAUCAAACGAUAGCGACAGCUCGCAAAGUUCACCAACUCACAAGGAAGAUAACAGUGGCUCUGCGUCAGAAACAGAAGAUGUAAUAAACAGAGCGAAACAGUUAGUAGAUUCCGAUUCAGAAAGUGAGUCGGCAGAUAAACAAGCAUUAGCUCCAACUGCGGACGCUCUCUUCGGAGAUGCUAGUGACAUCAGCACAGAUGAUGAAAAGGAUAAAGAGGACGAGAAAAGAGAAAGGAGUCGCAGCAAGAGUAGAAGCAGAAGCAAAAGCAAGAGUAGGAGCAGAAGCAGGAGCAGGAGCAGGAGUAGGAGUAGGAGUAGGAGUAAGAGCAGAAGUAAAAGUAGAAGCAGAAGCAGAAGUAGAGAUAGAUCUGAAAGUGAAGGUGAAGGACCCAGUCAGCCAGUCAUUGAAGAUGAUGUGGAUAAGGAGAAAGAAGAAGAGCCUGAACCCCCACCAGAGACAAGGAUUGAUGUUGAGAUUCCGAAAAUCAGCACAGAUUUAGGACGCGAAAUACAUUUCGUAAAACUUCCGAAUUUCCUUUCAGUAGAGACGCGUCCGUUUGAUACGGAAACGUACGAAGAUGAGAUAGAUGAGGAAGAAACGUUAGAUGAAGAAGGUCGAGCUAGAUUAAAACUGAAGGUCGAAAACACCCUUCGUUGGAAGGAAACAUUUGAUGACCAGGGAAAGAUCGUCAAGGAGAGUAACGCUAGAUUUGUAAAAUGGUCUGAUGGCAGCAUGUCCUUACAUCUGGGCUCCGAGAUCUUCGAUGUAUAUAAACAACCGCUUCAAGGAGAUCAUAAUCAUUUGUAUAUCCGACAAGGAACCGGUCUCCAGGGUCAGGCCGUGUUUAGAACCAAACUGACAUUCCGUCCACAUUCUACAGAAUCUUUCACACAUAGGAAGAUGACAAUGUCCUUAGCGGAUAGAUCACAGAAGACGUCUGGUAUAAAAGUAUUAUCACAAGUCGGAACUAAUCCGGAUCAGAAUAGAUACGAGAUGAUUAAAAAAGAAGAGGAAAAACUACGUAUGGCUAUACGAGUUCAAAGCAAAACGAAAAAGAGUUCUGCAGGCAGGGGUACUACUGGACGAGCUGUCGGUGGAUAUAGUGCUGAUGCCUACCAUGAUGAUGGUUCUGAUGACGAAGGCGCUAUUUCCCUCGCAGCAAUUAAAAACAAAUAUAAGAAAGGAUUGAAUAUUCCAGUUAAAGCGUCAAAUAUAUAUUCAUCGGAUGAAGAGGGUUCAGAUUUUGAAACACUGAGACCGAAAAAGAAUAUUAAAGGGAAGGUUCUUAAAGAUUCAGAUGAGGAGUCGAAUUCUGCGAGCGCUUCGGAAAGCGGAAGGGAAGAAGAUAAUCAGGCCGAGAAUGCUAGCGAUUGAAUUAAUGUUUAAUUAUUCACUAAUCUGUAAUAUAAUUAAAUAAAUUAGUAUUCUUUUUACAA